AUGACUAUAGCCGAUAUCGAUAGCUUAUUGGCUGGAGAUUCGAGAAGGCCGAGGAGCGAGUCUGAAGAUCGGAAGCCUCCUGUGCAGUCCAGCAAGCUGUCCCUUAAUCUCACAGACUUGCAGGGCGGAAACACGCUCGGCAGACCAGAGGCCCGCCUCCCGCCGAUCUCUGCCGGGCCUGCGAAAGGGGACGCACGUUCCAAUCGGGCCCGGAGCGGGGUGGGGGAGAGCCCUGCAACGAGACUAAAAACGGCGGGCUUGAGUGGGUUGACUGGGGUGGCGACACCGAGCAAGGAGAUGGAUGAUGAGGUUGCGAAUCGAGCCGUAGGAGUCCGAGUGGCUGCACCCGGAGAGUUGAUCCCAGCCUCAGCUGGAGAUAGCACUCCCCUGACUGCCGACACACCCUCGAUUUAUGAUAGACUCCGUCGGGAAAUCAUGCACAAGAUUUCUGGGGUGAUGCCCUCCAAGUCUCAAGAAGAGCCCUCAAGAGCAUCCUGGCCGGAAUUGCACUUUCCAAAAACUAAAAUUCGAUCGAGCGCUCUCCCUUCGUCUUUCAUGGCCAGAGAGCCCGACCUUCCCGAUCCAUUAUCCGAGUCGAAAGCCGUGUAUACUAUUCCACAAUUCUUAGCGAGUAAAAAGAACGACCGAGAAAGCCUUGAUGCCCAUCCAAAAGAGUCCUCGAGCCCACUGCCCGUCACUUAUAAGUCGGGGCCAAGCGCCUUGCCCGAAUUAGCAAGGGCACUGCGUUUGGAGGAGGCUGGCUCCGAGUCGGGCCGCCCCGUCCAGGCAAUCAGUCGCCAUCCGAUCAAGCAACCCUGA